AUGUCUCCAAACAUGACUUGCGAAGCUCUCCAUUCUUUUUCUCCAAGGCUAACUGUGGCCAAAAGAAAACAGGCUCUUGAGCUCAGAAAGACUAUGAAACCUUUGAUGGAAAAAAGAAGGCGCGCCCGCAUCAACGACAGCCUAAACCACCUGAAAAACCUCAUCCUUCCUCUUACUGGCAGAGAUAAGACUCGUUACUCCAAGCUUGAGAAAGCCGACAUCCUGGAAAUGACAGUGAGGUUCCUCAGCGACAUUCCACCCCAUCACACUAAAGAUUCCGCAGACAGUUACAGAGAAGGCUUCAAAGCCUGCCUCCAGCGCGUCUCCGCUCUGCUUCCCAAAACGAGCCUGGACCAAGACGCGUGCCAGCGCGUCAACGACUUCGUUCAGCAAUCCAUGCCCGCCACCGUCACCCCAACCUGCCGUAACUGCUGCGCCAAGAGUUUCAAGACUUUCCCUCAGAUCCAGCAGAGACUCCUGAGCCUCAAAUCCAGCUUCAGCUCCAGACCUGAGAGCCAGUCCCGCGGCAGCAGCGGCGCAGGGGCUCCCAGCCCAGCGCAGCCAGGCCCGCAGCCUGUCAGCGCUGCCAUGUGGAGACCUUGGUAG